GCUAUCAUUCUGUCAAAGUCGGCAUCGGCGAAGGUUUAAAACUGAAAAAUGGCUCUCGCGACACUCUUUUUUGUACUUUUAGUGACUCAUUCACUCGUAACAGCCCAAGAUGACUGCUCCUCGGGCCCAAAUAACACAGAUCCGAACGAUUGUUGCGCCACUCCGAUGCUCAUCUCAAUGGAAAUCAUCACAGAAUGCCUUACCGCGUACGGCGACAUGCAAAAGAAGAAAAAUGAUUUGCCGGGACCCAAGCGAGGAUGUUGCAUUGGUGACUGCAUCACGGAGAAAAUGGGCGUAAAUCCCUCUGGCGAUGGAAAUCUCGAUCGAAAUGGACUCCGAAUGAAGCUAAUUGAUCAUUUAAACGGAGAUGCGGUAUGGAAAGACACUCUCAACGCGGCGAUCGACAAAUGUUUCGCCAUGGCAGACUCAAAAGCAGACGAAUUUAAGGCAGCAAUGGAGUUGAAACCCGCUUUUGAAGGCGAAAAAAUUUGUCAUCCGAUUUCGGGAACGACUCUUGGUUGCAUUUCCAACGAGAUUUUCAUCAAUUGUCCCGCUGGCAUUUGGCAAGGAUCGGGCGAAUGUGAUGCAAUUAAGGCGUACGUUCAACGGUGCGAAACGAUUCCGAGACAUGCAUAAAAGUUUUAAAAAUUGUUCUUGUUGAAAAAAUUAUUAAGCAGCCUGAAAAUAUACAAUCAACAGUUAAUAUUUUAGAGGGUAUUCAUUUAUUGAGAGGA